UCGUUGCAAACGGUUGUCGUUCGUUGUCAUCUGUGGUCGUCCAACAAAAAAUUUAUAAACGUCGUUGCCUUUCAACUACUGCGGUGCGGUACGGUGUGCUGCUGAUCUAGGAUCAGAUUUUUUCGGUUAAGUAACAAGUAUAUGCAAAAGUAAAUAGGAAACUCAAGUGCGUUCCACGGUUGGCGUAAAAGUUAAAUACAAAAAUAUUCAGUAUUUCAGUUAAUAAAUAAGUGCAGUUGAAAAGAGAAAGCAAAUUUUGCAAUCAUGUCGAGGCCACCAACAGAUGAGGAGCGCCGCAAGCAAAUCAGUGUGCGCGGUAUUGCCGAGGUCGGUAACGUCACGCUGGUCAAGAAGAAUUUCAAUCGCCAUCUGCAUUACACGUUAGUAAAGGAUCGUAAUGUGGCUACAAUGCGCGAUUAUUACUUUGCACUGGCCAACGCUGUGCGCGACAACAUGGUCGGCAGGUGGAUCCGCACCCAGCAGAUGUACUAUGAAAAGGACCCCAAACGCGUCUACUAUUUGUCUCUGGAAUACUACAUGGGUCGUUCACUACAAAACACCAUGAUCAAUCUUGGCAUUCAAAGCGAAUGCGAGGAGGCCAUGUAUCAAUUGGGUUUGGACAUUGAGAAUCUCGAAGAUAUCGAGGAAGACGCUGGUUUGGGUAAUGGUGGUUUGGGUCGUUUGGCUGCUUGCUUCUUGGACUCUAUGGCCACACUCGGUUUGGCCGCCUAUGGUUAUGGUAUUCGUUAUGAAUACGGUAUUUUCGCACAGAAGAUCUUAAAUGGUGAGCAACAAGAGGAACCCGAUGAUUGGUUGCGUUAUGGUAAUCCAUGGGAGAAGGCACGUCCCGAAUUCAUGAAGCCUGUACACUUCUAUGGACGCGUCAUUGAUACACCCGAAGGCAAGAAGUGGGUCGACACACAGGUUGUGUACGCUAUGCCAUAUGACAACCCCAUUCCCGGUUAUGGCAACAAUCACGUCAAUACAUUGCGUUUGUGGUCGGCUAAGAGCCCCGUAGAUUUCAACUUGAAGUUCUUUAACGAUGGUGACUAUAUCCAGGCUGUAUUGGAUCGUAACUUGGCUGAGAACAUCUCGCGUGUGUUGUACCCCAACGACAACUUCUUCGAGGGCAAGGAAUUGCGUCUGAAGCAAGAAUACUUUAUGGUCGCAGCCACUUUGCAUGACAUUGUACGUCGCUACAAGGCCUCGAAAUUCGGCUCACGCGAAAGCGUACGUCAACACUUCGAUCACUUCCCCGAUAAGGUUGCCAUCCAAUUGAACGAUACCCAUCCAUCGUUGGCUAUUCCCGAAUUGAUGCGUAUCCUCAUCGAUGAGGAGAACUUGGACUGGGAGAAGGCCUGGGAUAUUACUACACGUACCUGCGCUUACACCAACCACACCGUUUUGCCCGAAGCUUUGGAACGCUGGCCCGUCUCAAUGCUGGAGUCCAUUCUGCCUAGACAUUUGCAGAUCAUCUACCACAUCAACUUCCUAUUCAUGGAGAAAGUGGCCAAGCAAUAUCCUGGUGAUUUUGAUCGCAUGCGUCGCAUGUCGUUGGUGGAGGAAGAUGGCGAAAAGCGCAUCAACAUGGCGCACGUGUCCAUUGUGGGCUCACAUGCUGUCAACGGUGUAGCCGCCAUCCAUUCGGAAAUCUUGAAGAAGGAUCUCUUCCGUGAUUUCUAUGAACUGGAACCACAUAAGUUCCAGAACAAGACCAACGGUAUUACACCACGUCGCUGGUUGUUGCUCUGCAAUCCCGGUUUGUCCGACUUGAUUGCCGAGAAGAUCGGCGAUGAGUGGCCAGUGCACUUGGAACAAUUGGUUGCGCUCAAGAAAUGGGCCAAGGACCCCAACUUCCAACGCAACGUUGCACGUGUGAAACAAGAGAACAAAUUGAAGUUGGCACAAAUCUUGGAGAAAGACUAUGGCAUUAAAGUCAACCCUGCCUCCAUGUUCGAUAUCCAGGUGAAACGUAUCCACGAAUACAAACGUCAAUUGUUGAACUGCUUGCACAUUAUCACUCUGUAUAACCGCAUUAAGAAGGAUCCCACCGCCAACUUCACACCACGCACCAUUAUGAUCGGUGGCAAGGCCGCGCCUGGUUACUAUGUAGCCAAACAGAUCAUCAAAUUGAUCUGCGCUGUCGGCAAUGUGGUCAACAACGAUCCAAUUGUGGGUGACAAGUUGAAGGUAAUCUUUUUGGAAAAUUACCGUGUAACCUUGGCCGAGAAGAUCAUGCCCGCCGCCGAUCUUUCGGAGCAAAUCUCCACUGCCGGCACUGAAGCAUCCGGCACAGGCAACAUGAAGUUCAUGUUGAACGGCGCACUCACCAUUGGUACCUUGGACGGCGCCAACGUUGAAAUGGCCGAAGAAAUGGGCAACGACAACAUUUUCAUUUUCGGCAUGACCGUAGAGGAAGUUGAGGCGCUCAAGAAACGUGGCUACAACGCUUACGACUACUACAACAGGAACCCUGAGAUCAGACAAUGCAUCGACCAAAUACAAGGUGGUUUCUUCAGUCCAAGCAAUCCAAAUGAAUUCAAGAAUAUUGCCGAUAUCUUGCUGAAGUACGAUCACUACUACUUGUUGGCCGAUUACGAGGCUUACAUUAAGGCACAAGAGUUGGUUUCGAAGACCUACCAGAACCAAGCUAAAUGGUUGGAGAUGUCCAUCCACAACAUCGCUUCCAGUGGUAAAUUCUCUUCGGAUCGCACCAUUUGCGAGUACGCCAGAGAUAUUUGGGGUGUUGAGCCCUCCUGGGAGAAACUGCCCGCACCUGAGGAUGCCCCAGCAGCAAAAUAAAUUAAUUUUGAUAUUACUGAUAUACAUAAUUCUCUUGAGAUUUAAUUUAAUUUUUAUUAAAGUCCAUUUAGUCGGAACUAUUAUUUAAUUGAAAGCCCCAAAAUGCAAUCUUCAUUUAUCCAAACACAUUUGUUAUAACUCAUUUUAGGCAAAUUAAAAUCACAAAAUUGUUAGUGUUUAGCUAUGAAAAUGAAUUUGUUGUCCACAAAAAAGAAUUGAAUUUGAAACGGCCAAAGAACAAACAUUAACAAACGUAUGAUACCCAAAUAUCCUAUGAAUAUACCAUUUAUAACAACGCAAAACUACGAUUGCAACAAAAGCCUACCGCAACAGCUCAGGAAUGCAAUGCAAUGAAUUGCAAGACACCAGCAUAAAUAUGAACAACGUUUAAAUUUACAAACAAACAAACAAACAUACAUACAUUUUAGGAUAUUUGAAUUGAUGUUUUUAUUAAAUAUUAUUAAACAAGUAAGUCUUUUAACGAAUUGUUAAACAAAAUCCAUGCAAUUUUGCAAUUCAAAAACCACAAAUGGCACACGCGUCACAUGCGACUAAGGAAUUGUAAAACAUUUUAAUGUAAAAUUGCUUAGAGAUCGUUAAUAAAUUUGAUGCUCAAAUGGUAAAACAA